GUUUGAGUGUGUGUAGAUGAUUCAGCAGCUAGUUCAGUCCCAGCAGCUCGUCCUCCGCACAUGUGCAACAACACACACACACACGGGAAUUAUUUAUCACACACACACACGGGAAACACACAAGGCUUUUCUUUUGGAUAUUUGUUCACCUGCUGACAGAGAAUGAACCCCUGCAAGGUGAGCGGGAACAUGGCGGAGACCCCGUAGUGUGCGGUAGCUGCAGGCCGGAAAACAGCAGCCAAAACCCGGCAGCAAAACGGAGAAUUCUCGCCUCUCGGAUCUCCAGUGGAUUUUAUUCUGGUUGUUACUCAUUAUCAGGACUUGUAUCUUCUGCUGUGGGCUCUUACACUGUCUUCGGCUGGAUUUAACUGAAGAAAAUCCUCACUGACAUCCAGAUGGCUUCAUUCAAACAUCUCCAAUUGCACAUUUCCGCAUUUUGACGUCUGAUGCUCCGUCUACCCUGCAGCAUUUCCAAAUCCACGGUGAAGGAGGUGCGGUCUGAUGUCCGCCCCCCCUCUCCUCGCCAUGCCCACCAUGGUCUCCAGGCUGCCCAAAUUCGGGUCGAAGCCCAAAUCCUCCACGCUUUCCACGGCUAGCUCCACAAACACCCGCCUCACCAACGGGUUCUACCAUCACCCGGGCCCCGCGGGGGUCAACGGCUCCUCGUCGUACACCGCUCCGACCCCCGUGAAGCAGAAUGGAUUCAUCCGAGUGCCGACAAAGUGGCGGAAAGAGAACGAAGAGGAAGGCGGAGCAACUGGGAUUCGAUCCGCUAUUAACAACAACAAUCAUCAGUUAAACCUCCAAGGAAAAACCGCCAUUUCUUCUACUGGAAAGGGGCGGGGCUUCGGUUUCCCCUCGUCUUCAUCACCUUCGCCGCAGUCCAUCCCCCGGUUACUUCCUGUUUCCAAAACUGCGUUAAAUGGAAUAAAACCGGCAGUGAAUGGUGUUUCUGGAUCUACUGUUUUAAACGGAACAAAAUCUACGCUAAUGGGUGUUUCUGGAUCUGGAUCUGGACCCCGGAUCGGUUCUCUGAGGCAGCCGGGUUUCUCUCGUCCCGGCAGUGGAACCGGACCUGGUUCUGGUCCCGGUUCCCGCUCCGGUUCCCCGUUAUUAAAGAAACCUCCAGCGAGUCGAUCUCACUCCAGCGACAGCCUGGGAAAAGCUACGGUCCCGCUAACGCAAAACGAUCGUUUCCGUUCUCGUAGCCUCACUCAGGUCCGCCAACAACCCUCCCCCACCCUAAAUCCCUCCCCUACCCUAAAUCCCUCCCCCUCCCCCACCAUAAAUCCCUCCCCUUCCUCCCCCUUAUCUCACUCCUCCACCAACAUGGCCGCCGCCGCUCAAACUCCCCCUAAAGGAGUCUUGGUGAAACCCAAAAGUCAAUCUAAAUCUGGACUCCUGCCCCUAAAGAAGCCCCUCCUCCUCCCCCCCAGCACUGGUCCCGCCUCCAAGCCCAGCGGGAUCAGCUAUAGGCUGUCACGCCCGUCGCUCAUCAAGCAGUCCCGCCCCCUCAGAGUCACCACAGCCAAUGGGAGCGGACAGGAAGUGAUCCGAGGACCGACGGCUAGAAGUAACUCCGUGGAGACGCCGUCGACUACAGAGAACAGCCCAGAAAGCCCCCCGGAGGCUCCAGAGAGGGGGCUGUCGGCAGCGAUGGUGGCCCAGAGAGAGGUGUCGAUUCUGGGGGAGACGCUGGAGGACAUGAGCCUCUCCUCCAACUCGUCUCUGGACAGAAACGACACGAGUCAGGAAUACAUGGACGACUUCGACAACCUCGGAAACGGAGGGAUGGGAAUUCUUCUUCUCUCAUCCAAAAACGACGAGGACGACUCGGGGCUCGACCAAUCGUGUGCCAGGUUCAAUGAAGAAGACAAGAUGGCCGUCAGCGGCGUCUCGAAGGCAGGUUUUUGCUUCCUGGACGACGGCGUGGACUGGUGCGCCGAAAACCGUCUCAUCAGACUCCCUCACCGCAGGAGGUCCAAUCAGCAGGAGGACCACGAGCAGGGCGGCUCCUCUCUGGACCUCUCCCCCUCGGACAGCUGUGGGUCGGGGGGGACCUACCUGUGGGACGAGGAGGGUCUGGAGCCCCUGGGGGGGGGAAACGUCUCCAUCCACUCCAACAGCAACAACCUGCACAUCGGGAGCUUCGACUCCGACCUCAACAGCAUCGACGUUUUGGAAAACCUUGAAUCUUGUGAUCUGGACGAUGACGACCUCAUGUUGGAUGAAGAUCUGCCGGAGGAUCACUCCCUGCGCAGCGACGGAGAGGGGUUGGCCCACAUGGCUCAGUGGAGGAUGAGGCAGCUCUGCUGGGGGAACGACAACGAGAGCGAUCUGGAGAGCUACAAGCUAACGGAGGAUCCGGGGAACAAGAGGACAGACGGAGACCUCAUCCUGGACUUUUCUUCCUCAAGUCCUCCUGUUGAUCUGGGUCCAGAUGUGGAGGACUUGGCUGAAGACUGCUCAGCGGUCAGAUCUCAGCUGGAGUUCCUGCAGAAGUUGCUGCUGCAGGAGGAAGACACAGACGAGGACACUCUGACCACAGAGACUCUGAGUCCUGAGAGCGAGUCCAGCUCCGACUCUCAGGUAUUCUGUUUCAUUCAGACUUUCUACAUUAAGAUCAUCAUUCCUUCAGGGCGGUGCAGCAGCCUCAGCAGAGGCAUUUGCAGGAGCAGAGAUCGAACCAUCGCUCAUCUCACCCUGCAGCUGACGGUUCCCAUAGUAACCGGCGAGUGUUGUUGCCGGGAGAAGACGGAGCGUCACACACAGACGAGUUCAGCGGAGAGAGAGAGCGUCACCACACAGACACCAUGGAGAGAACACCCUUCACAGAUAUCUCACGCCCCCCCGCUGAGGAGGGAGGAGUCAUGUGACAGGAAGCAGCAGAUCCGCCCCCCCCAACCCUCUAAACUCCACCUUUUCACCGCCAGUAAAACAAGCACCUCUUCGGGAUCAAAGGUCAAACCGGCGCCCCCCGCUUUGUCCCGCCUCCCGAAGCCAAAGAGCCACUGAGUCCACUUCCUGUCUCCUGUCUCCUGUUUCCUGUCCCCUCCCCUUACUCACAUUUAACUUAUUUAUUGUUAAUAUUUGCAGCACUGUGAAAAAUAAAGGUUGAAAUGUUUUAUUUUAAA